GGCUUUUCAAUCUUGGGCACCAUCCAGCUGUGUUGCUUGACCCAGCUGGGCGAUACGAGAGGGCCCCGGCAAUUUCCAUGCCAUAUGUUCACUGGAAGCAUCUUCAUCAGAACAAUACCAAGAACCCUAAAUGGAGUUCUGCACUGUCCAUGUAUGAGUAUUUAAAUGUCUCAUGACCACGCUUCACUGUGAUUGAUCAUCCGCUUUUGUUCAUCAUAUUGUUCUGCCUCUCCUUUCAUCAUUAACUUUCCUUUCCGCUUGCAUAUCUUUCUUUCUGCAAUAAAGGAUUGUCUGGAACGAUGCCUUAAGCAGCUUCUAAUUAUCUUUUACUUUAUACUAUUUUGCGCCUCUCUUGCCUCUACUAGCUUUUUACACUCCUUGUGUGAAGAAUUUGCCUCACUUACCCGUGCCACGAAAUCGCUCAUACUGCAGUAUCCACGUUUCCGCUUGAAGAAUAUCCUCUGCAUACGCAUUCCCUCAUCCGGAGAACUGAGGAGAAGACUGAUCAAUUAUAAAUACCGUGUCGUGAUCCUUCAUGAAUGGCCUUUGCUCUCCAUCAUCAAGAUCGACAAGUCUACGUUGAUAACCACGAAAGCUAUACUUCUUCAACUCCUUUCAGAGACUUCAAUCCUUUUUCCCAAUAUCAAAAUGGAGAACUACGUCGCCCCCAAGGCUCCAGAGACCACCGGCCCCAUGUUCGCUCGCGGCUCCGGAGGCCAGUGCAUUGUUAUGUAGAUUCGUUCCACACCGGACACUUUCAGCCCAGGGGUUGGGGACGAUGAAGAAGGAGGAGGAUUAUUGGCCACACCGGGCCAUGUUUGAUUGUCUUCGUUGAAGUGGUUUCGAUUUUCCGGCACGAUAUAUACGAAUCUUUUUGUCAACCGAGCCUUUGAAUUCGAAUAUAUCUAUCAACACCGAUCUUGGCCUUUUUGACAAAGGCCCCUGGUCGGACUCCGGAAUUUAGCAACCACUUUACCACCCCCCGACAACGCGAAGCAUUCGACAACCACUGAUGUCCCCACUGUCCGCUCUUUUCUUCCUUGUUCCUCAACGUUCGGCGCUGCUGUGUCAGCGACCAACGGGCUUUGCUCGUUGUGCUCGUUCUAUUUCCCGCUCUGCCUUUUUGUACUGUACUGGUUCCGGAAGUACGACAGUCCCCUCACAUGCUGGAUAAUAUCGGGUUUCUUUGAAUCCCGUCGAAGGGGAUAUAUCACGCUCAUCACUCUUUCCUUUCGGUGGGGAUAUGGUAUACUUGGGUUUGGAUCUAGUCUCUCUUUUUUAUUAAUCUUUCACAGCGGGUGUGUUUUUGGGGGGCCCCCCAAAGGAGCUUGGAAAGAUUAUUUUUUGUGGAUAUAUCAUAUGAAUAUAGGAUUUGUAUUUACGAGGAGCGAUCCUCUAGCAUUCCUUUUUUUUUUUUUCUUUUAAGAUUCUAUUGUCCCUAGUGAAUACAUAUCUCUGUGCACAUACGAAA